AUGCAGUUUAGUGGACCUUAUUUGGCACCUACUGUCAUAUAUGGCAUUGCUCAUUUAUUUGGUCUAACAGCUAUUGGUUUGAUCGUUUCGUGGAUGUGUUAUGAUGGAAAAGGGUAAGGUAAAACAAGUAUGUAUUUAGUUAUAUGUAGUAUAAAUUUUUUUAUUAUUAUUUUAAUUUUUAAGAGCAUUCUUUACAUUAUAGUUUUCUAAAAAUUGGAGGUAAUUUAUAUUCAUAAGAUCUGUUUGAAAAUUGAGUAUUGAUCUUUCAGGUUUGCCCUACGAAGUGAUCCGAAGCUAGAGUUUAAAUGGCAUCCAAUCUGUAUGUCAUUGUCUUUACUGUUUCUUAAUGGUGAGGCUAUUAUGAUAUACCGUGGGUUGCGAGAUGUAAAGAAAGUUUACACAAAAGCUGUCCAUGGCAUUUUACACUGCAUUGCAUUUACUAUUAUGGUUCUAGGCUUGAAAGUAAGGUUUUUGAAAUAUCGUUUAUGAUUUAUACAUAUAGUACGUCUUAUAGUACGUAUAUAGUACUUUACGGUAUCAUUAAAUGAUAAACGUAUAAAUUUACAUUUUACCUUUACUAUAGUAAAACCAAGUUUAGGCAGUAUGGGACAGUCACGACUACAAUUAUACUGGAACUGUCGAUAACGUCACACCUAUGCCGAACCUCCAGAGUUGUCAUUCUUGGAUUGGCCUAUCUUGUGCUACUUUCUAUGGAUGCCAACUUUUGGCUGGAUUUGUCGCUUUUUAUGUGCCACAAACACCACUCCACAUUCGACAGGCUGUGAUGCCAUUUCACAGAACGGGAGGCCUGAUCAUCUUCGCCUUCUGCCUGGCCGCUGCGUUAAUGGGCGCGGCUGAAAAAGCGGCUUGGGCUGGUGAGUUAAAAUCUAUUAUUUUUUAUAAUUUAAAAAAAUUAAGUAAAGAUUUAUAAAGCUUAUUGUAUAUAUUAAAGUAAAUUUUAUUAAAAUCUUUAAAGUACAUUGUAUAAUAAAAGAUUUUUUUAGUGAAUUGUCCAAAAGAAUACGGAAAUGACAUUUGUCCUGAGAAAUUCAUCGUCGAUUUCUUUAGUUUGGCUGUUCUUGGUUAUGGAGUUUGUGUAUUCUUACUCGUAAGUUAAAGUUGGGCGGGUAGUUUUUGUUUUGGGGGAGAGACAAUGGAGAACGAAUAUGCAUUGCUUUUUACUUGAGGGGUGGAGUUGGGUAGGGCUAAAAUGGGCAGGAGGAGGCUUAGAUAGGACUAUAUUAAGCAGGGGUAGAUCUGGAUAAGACUAAAAUAAGUUUAUUUUAUAAUUUAUAUUAAUACUAUAAUUACAUACUCAGACCUAACAGAAAACUGUAAGCUUGGCCGGUAAAGAAAAUCAUUUUUAAAAGUUUAUUAUAAAAAAAUUAUUUUUCAGGCCACAAUUCACGCCUGGAUUCGUCAACCAUUACACUCAGAGUUGGUCGGACAGUCAGCCACAGUGCCAGGUAAUGGUAUCACCAGCGAAGUUCACUUUGUACAUACCGAGAGAGUGUCACGAGGAUAUUAG